CUGACAGCCAGCUCAAUAGCUUUCUACAACUGAUAAGGCUCUGCCCACAAAACACGCCAUCACUGUGUACAAACAUGAGAUCUUAAUGCUUUAAGUUUAUUAUACUGUGGCAUGUUUGAUCUCAAACAUCUAUCCUAAACAGAGAGAAAGAAACAGGAAGGAGGGGGUUAAGGAGAGGUUGUCUUCGUGGCAGAUUGAGUGGGUGGAGGAAGUUUUGAGGCUCUCUGUGUUUUUGUAUGCUGCUGGAAGAGAAACUGAGAGUCAGAACUCAUCAUCCUUCUCUUGAGGAAGCUCGUAUUCUCCCUUUGUCUGUUAUUUGUGGGGUGGUUUUUGUUUUUGGAGCCUCUGUUGCGUAAUCUGUGAAUGCUGAUCAUCAGUCAGAAGGCAGUCUCUUUUGUUUUUGUGUCUCUGGAGCUUGAUUUUUGCAGUAUGCCCUGCUGGUGAUCUUUAAUCGUAGAUGGUGAUCAUGUGAUUAGGAUGUUCUCGCUGUGGGUGUUUUGAGCUGGAUGACAUGUUUACUGAGGUGGAUGCUGUGAAAGGAAAGCUUGCUGGUAAAGGUUGGACAGGGAAGGAUUCAUUCAACAGUGACUGCUGAGAAGUGUUAUCAUCUGUUAGGAGAAGUAACCGUGACUUCAUCUGAAUACGUUUAAAAGUCAAGUGAGGUUGGGCUUGUCAGAACUAGCCUCAGACUCCCGCUACAAGAUUGCAUAAGGACUGCUGAUGUAAAACAAGGAAGUAGGCUUAAAUCUGGCCAGUUCCAGCAGCAUCGCGCCAAUGAAGGGGAACCCUGAUGGCAAAACUGAAAGAGGAACUCUGGAACAUUCUGCUGGACUUAAGCGAAGAGAACUUUCUGCAUUUCAAGUGGUUCCUGAAUCAUGACAACAUCGUAGAGGGUUGUACAGGCAUACCAGUCGCUCGACUGGAAAAGGCAGACAGACAACAUGUAGUGGAUCUACUGGUGCAGAAAUAUCAGGGGCCUGGAGCUCUGACGAUGACCAUGAAGGUGUUAGGGAAGAUCAAGAGGAAUGACCUGGUAGAGCGUUUGCAAACCUCCAGCAGGGAAACAAAAGACCUCAAGAACCAUGAGUGUGACGCUCUGACAGACAAAUAUGAAAAACAAAAAGCCAAGCUGGGGGUUAAAAUGAAGCAGAUGAUCAAGGAGAGGCAGAUGAAGAUCAGGGAAAUCAAACACUCAGCAGAGCUCUGCAGCAAAUCUGCAGACAGACAUAUCGCAGACAGUGAGCAGGCCUAUGCUAUGCUGCUGCGGACUCUGAAGGAAAGCCUAGAUGAGCUUAUCAAGUCUAUUAAUGAAAAGAGGGAAGCAACGCAGAAACAGGCUGAAAAAAUCAUCCAAGGGCUGGAGCAGGAGAUCUCUGAGCUUACAAAGAGAAGUGCUGAAGUGGAGAAGCUCUCACCCUCCAAGGACCAUCCCAACUCUGCCCAAAGCUUCGCCUUCCUUAAUGCUAUUCCUCCCACUAAGAACUGGACAGAAGUCGGCAUCACUCCAACGUCAUACGGAGGAAGUGUGGCGAUCACUGUCACCAAGCUUGAGGAAAAACUCCGAAAACAGAGGGAGGAUUUCGUCAAUAGGGGAAAGCUUAACAGGGUCCAGCAGUUUGCAAAGGAUGUUAUUUUAGAUCCUGAUACAGCGCAUCCCAGCCUAAUUCUGUCCGAUGAUGGGAAGCGAGUUCAAUGUGGUGACGUACGACAAAAUCGGUCCGAAAACUCAAAGAGAUUUCUGUCUGCUAUCAACGUUUUGGGAAAGCAGAGUAUCUCAUCAGGAAGAUUUUACUACGAGGUUGAGGUCAAAGGGAAGACUUCCUGGGACUUAGGUGUCGUCAAAGAGUCGAUCGACAAGAAGGGAUCGAUCAAUGCAAGCCCGGAAAAUGGCUACUGGACUAUAGGUCUAAGAAACGGAGAAACUUACCAAACUUCAGGAAUCCAUCUCAGUGUUAAAUCCCAACCGGAGAAGGUUGGGGUGUUUGUGGACUAUGGGAAUCAUUCGGUUUCCUUUUUUGACGCAGAUACAGCAGACAUUAUCCACGGAUUUACUGACUGUUCCUUCAGUGAAAAACUCUACCCCUUCUUCAGUCCCGGUCUAAGUCAUUGUGGGGAAAACUCUCCUCUUGUCAUCACUCCUGUCAAUUACUAGCUGACCCUUUGCCUUCCAUGGUUAAUGUUAAUAGGUUAGACAAAAUCUAACGUCAGAUGGAACUGUGUAAAGCACACCAACACUGGACUGUGGAGACAUGGAAACGUGUUCUGUGGAGUGAGCGAUCAUGCUUCUGUUUGGCAGUCCAGUUUGGUGGAAGAGGGAUAAUGGUAUGGGGCUCUUUUUCAGCCCCUUAUCUCCAGCGAAGGUCAAUCUUAAUGCUUCAGCAGACCAAGACAUUCUGGACAAUGCUAUGCUUCCAACUGUGUGGCAACAGAUUGGGGAAGACCCUUUUCUAUGCCAUCAUGCCUGUCCUUACAGUCUGUUGGCAUAAAGGUCAGGCAGCUAGCUUAAUACCUUUGUCUAUAUCUAAAAAAGAGGCAGUCAAACGUUUUUGCCCAUAUUGUCAGCAUUAACCCUUUACCUACUGAGCCAGCGCAGGCACUGUGUUUUAUAUGUCCAGAGUAUUAUUACCAUAACUCUGUCAAAGUUUGUCUGAUCAGAAAAAUUCCAACAGCGUUUGAAAGCUG